GCAAUACCAUUCCUGCUGCUGUGGGAGCUGCACGGGAUGGUGUCUGGACUCUGUUUUAGAGUCGCGUUCUCAACCGUUUCGUUGUAAGAACGCGGACUCUAAACAUCGACUCCAGAUACACCAUGUCGUGCAUAACAAGAAUCGUAAUCCUCGAAAUGAAUUAUUUAAAAACUGCAGCAAUUCACUGCACAAGUUUUAAAUAAAUUUUAGUUUUAAAUCUUGGCCCAAGUAGCGUAAAUUCAACAUGAUGGAUGCCUUUUCUACAAGUGAAAAUUUGGAGAAAAGUAAUUAUGUAUUGGAAAAGAUUGUUUACCUAACUAUUGCACUGAACUUCCCUGAGAUGAAUGCACACGUUGGCAACAAACUGGUGGCUUGUCCUUGAGCGAAAGAGGAAAUCCUACUUGCCUCCCCAGCCUGGGACACUUACAUAACUCAUCGUACUCUCGAGGUGCUCCGUCAUUUGUGCAACACCGUCACUGAUGUGAACACAUCCGAGCUCACCUCUCAGUCUGCGGCUGAUUCACUGAGAUUAUCGAACUCACAACGUUAAUAAGUCAUAAACAACAACAGCACCAACAAAGCAGCAUUAACAACAGCCAGACGACGGCAACACCACCAUCAGCAACACCAACAAAACAAAAACAGUAACACACUGCAGUAAUCCAUCAUGGCGGCGAAACACACCCCAGUGUAUCUGAAGGAAACCAACAACUCCCUCAUCUGGAUGCGCUCUUGUGAGAAGGAGACCGCCAAGCCUGUCGAGGGCAAGGUCAAAGGGGAGCUCCCGCAGUGGCUCAGCGGACGCCUGACUCGCAACGGGCCGGGAAAGACUGGCUUCGGUGAUACUCAGUUCAACCACCUGUUCGACAUGUCUGCUCUCAUCCACCAGUUCAUCAUCCAUGACGGCCGCGUUACGUACCAGUCCAGGUUCCUGCAGGGCGACACUUACAAGAAGAAUCUGAAGGCGAAUCGUAUUGUUGUGACAGAGUUCGGCACGGGGGCGUACCCAGACCCCUGCAAGACGUUGUUCCAAAGGUUCAUGAGCUUCUUCACGCCCCUGAACAAAAGGGAUAUAACGGACAACUGCCUCGUGAGCGUGUGUCACUUCGGCGAUGAGUUGUACGCCAUGACGGAGACCAAUGUGAUGCGAAGGAUAGACCCCGAGACUCUGGAAACUGUGGGCGAGAAGACAAAUCUGGACGAAUACCUGAUGGCUGUCAACACUGCCACGGCCCACCCACACGUGGACCCUGACGGCACUGUUUACAACAUGGCCAGUUCGUUCGCCGCGAAAGGAGGGCCACGAUACACCAUUGUCAAGUUUCCUCCACCUGCAGUGGUCAAUGGUAAGAAGAAAUCCUCGCUGGAUCAGGCCAGGGUGGUGAGCAGCAUCCCUUGCAAACACAAGCUGCAACCUUCCUAUUACCAUUCCUUUGGCAUCACCGAGAACUACUACAUCUUCGUGGAGCAGCCCUUCGUCCUUAACCUAAAGAAGUUUCUCCUCAACGCCUAUUUGGGGAAGAGCUUCCUGGCGGCGAUGGAGUGGCACAGCAAGGAGAAGACCAAGUUCCACGUGGUGCGGCGUGACACAGGGGAGAUCCUCUCCACUAAGUAUGCCUCUGACGCCUUCCUCACCUUCCACCACACCAACGCCUACGAGGAGGACGGCCACCUGGUGGUGGACCUCUGCGCCAUCAAGUCUGGAGAUGUCAUCUCGCAGUUCCUGCUCAAGAAUCUAUCUCAAGGUGACUUCCAAGUGUCCCCGAGCGACUUGCCCCACCACCGUCGCUACGUGCUGCCGCUCCGCACGCAAGGAACCCACACGAACACCAACUUGGUAACACUAAAGGACACGAAGUGCACCGCUCGGAAGCUGGAGGACGGCACCAUCUUCGUGGAGGGACAAGUCAUCUCCCCCAACAUUAUUGACCUACCGAGGAUAAACUACAAGUACAACGGCAAACCUUACACCUUUGCAUACGGGGUGGAGGUCAACCCUCUCGGGGUGCAGUUCUCAAGGCUAGUGAAGAUGAACAUGCGCACCGGGGAGACGCAGCUGUGGCACGAGGAAGGCAAGCUGGUGAGCGAACCGGUGUUCGUGGCGGCCCCGGACGCCACCCGCGAGGAGGAGGGCGUUGUGCUCACUACUCUCCUUGAUAAGAACAACCCGACCUUCAUUGCGCUGCUGGUGCUGGACCCGACCAGCUGGAAGGAGGUGGCAAGGGUGGAGUGUGUGGCUCAGGGCAAGGUGACACAGACCUUCCAUGGACAGUUCGCCGCCACGGGAGACUCUGUUCACCUCCUUUAAUCUCACACCUGGGACGGGUAUCAUGCAAAUGGUGGUGUCAGGGCAGAGUGGAGGACAGCAGAGUUUUAGUGUUGUUAGGCAAUAGUCUGCACUUGUUACCUUUUAUUUACCUUUAGUCUAA